UAUCGCCAGCAUCCCUAUUUAUCAAAGAGAGGUCAUCAUCCUAAUUUUAACUCGGUUUUAGCUGUCAGGGAGAACGUAUUUAAGCGCAUAGAUAUUUUAUCACAGGGCUUUGCAUCGACUGUUUGAUGUCGUCCUAUCAUGACUGUGAAGCAUUUCUCAGUGGAGUAUGACAGAGUGAAGGACCAAGGCACCUACUCCCCAGGGGACGUUCUUUCUGGAAAAGUAACCGUGGUAACCACCAAGGAGAUCAAAGUGCAGAGCUUUCUGGUCCGAGCUAAGGGGAAGGCUAAGGUGACUUGGUACGAACAGGAAGGACAAAACUCCAUCGUUCGCAGCAACAAGAAGAAAUACUUCUAUUUUGAGCAUAUAAUUCUUCAGGACAAAAACAAGGGAGAUGGUUCAGAAAUCAUGGGUGCUGGGAUUAAUGUUUUCCCAUUCAGCUUUGUGAUUCCAAGCAGAGACAUGCCCUCAUCUUAUAGAGGCAAAUGUGCUGAGAUCACAUAUAGUUUGCGAGCUCAUUUGACUCAAUCAAUUUGGCUUGUACACAAAACCAAGACGGAGUUUCCCUUUCUAACCAGCUCUGAGUUUCCUUUUGCCUCCAAAUCAGAAAUGAUAAUCAUUGGGCUGAAGGAGCAACAGCAUGCAACCAGGAUUUCAUUUUGUGGCUCUGGGAAGGUUACUAUGAAUGUGACCUCUGAAAAAAUGGGCUUAAAGCAAGGAGAGGCAAUGGGAGUCUUUGUGGAGGUACUCAAUGCCUCUGCACACUCUGUAACGCCAAAGUUCUACCUUUGUGAGAAGCUAACCUUUGUGGCCCAUUCAAAGAAGAAAGUGCAAACAAAGGACAUCUUGUUCGGGAUAGGAGACGCUGUUCCAGCUGAGAGCAUUCACACUGCAACCAAAGUAUUGAUCAUCCCUCCACACCUUCCUGCUACCUUCUUCAACUGCAGCAUGAUGAAUCUGGAGUACAGAAUCAAGAUCACUCUUGGUGUCCCUUUGCUGAGAGAUGCAGAAAUUAAACUUCCUCUGGUCAUCCUCCAGGGUUCGCCAAAACCUCUUCAACAAAAACCAAAAAGAUCCAUCUGGUUUAGAAAACUCCCUGAUUGAAAGAGCAAGAACAAAAAGGGUGUACGUACAUUACUCUGAGGUUGUAAUGCAGGGUUUAUGGCUAUGCACAUAGCUGUUGAUAUUUUUGUAAUGCAUUUACAUUACUCACAAGAAUGAUUUCUGUUGCUGUCUAAACCUGAAAUGCUGUUCAACACUAUAUGUGCAUGUCCACUAGAUGGAGAUGUCAGCCAUAGUAAAGUAAUGGUAGCAAGUUUAACUUAAAUGGUUUUGUUGGAAAUCUAGAGCUGUUUUGUUGUUUCAAAAUAUGUUAUAAUAAAUCACUGGUAUAUCCCACAUUAAACAUCAAAAAUACA